GUUCGGUCGGUCGGCAAAUGGCGGCGCGUUGACGGUUGCCCCGAGCGAUGAUGGGUUCACCCGCUUAUCUGCUGCUGUGGGUGGUGGUGGGGGUCGGGGUCGAGUUCGCGGUGGGCCAGACCGGUCCCGGUGAAGCUCUUGUCACACCGCCGCCGUCGUCCUCGCCGCCGCCGACGACGACUCCGGGGCCGCCCAACGUGACGGCAGACGCCGGGAACCUGACCACGGAGCAGGCCUCGACCACGCUCCGGGCCGCCACCUCGGACGGCCUGACCGGCGCCACGGAGGAGACCGUUAAUUUCACGGACGCCAGUGGCCUCGAACCCGUGCCUUUGCCUCUGUCGGGUGCAUUGCCACCUCUCGAAGUAAAUGUCCAGAAUCUGUGUACCUGUGACUUACUGGUGGAUCAGUGUGAUCCAAAUUGCUGCUGUGACCCAUACUGCAAAGUAUUUAAUUUCACUACCUUUACAAAUUGCAUAGUCGAGAUAGUCAGGGAUGACAGCGAACUUUGUUAUCAAGAGGCAGUGAAAUACACCACCAACAUCUUAAUUGAAACCACUGUAAAACUGAUCAACCCCAGCAUCUUUUGCAUUGCGAGAAAGAACUACAAGAUGGGAUCAUCCUUUUUAACCCCAGAGAUGCCAACUCCUCAUAAUUUUGAAAGUUUGGUGAAUCGUUUUGGCGGCUUCUUUUUUGGAACAAACACAGAGACCCCUGAUCCAACCAGAGACAAAUCAACAGGAUGUUGCUAUCAGUAUGGAGUUCCUAUUCAAACUAAUAAUGGUUUCCUGAGGAUCCCUGUCCCACUGGUCACAUCCGAGUGUGUUGACGACAACCCAGCAGGGUUUUUGGUAGAUCAGGUGUCACAGUGUACAAGGAAGAUAGACAUCACAAAGGACUGCGUGGGGCUCGCAGCACUGAAUGUGACGAACUACCUCGACUUUAUCAUCUUCUCUAUUCCCAAUCAAAAUAGUGGGAUACAGCUCAACAUAACCUCUGUUGUCUUACAAUCUCUUGAAGGAACACAGACACUUUUAAACAACCCUGACAUUGGCAUUCUGGAGCCAGUUCUUAUUGCCACUAGUGGUGUCUGCAACAAUGUAAUACUCGGAGUAAACUAUGAACUUGUAUAUAACGAUAAGGGGAAGAUUGUAGCAGGUUCUGGUUCCUUCACCCUUGGAGCAAUCAGCAGUAAAAUGCUGCCAAUACAACAGCGCUUUCAGAUCAAGUUUACACAGACAAACACAACAGCAAUUCCUCUGAGUGGAAACCCAGGCUAUGUUGUCGGACACCCUCUGUUGGCUGGAUUCAGACAAACUGGCUCACCUGGCAUAAUUCAGAGCACCAAUCGAUUUGGACAACUCACCGUCCUGAGUUCAUUCAACCAGGAUUGCCUACAGAGAGAGGGACUGCGGCUACCAGUCCUCUUUGGAAUCAACGUACAGUCGGGCUGUUUAUUACGACUAACCAACGCCACAGGAUGCAAACAGUGGUCACAGAUCAUCACAAACGUAUUGGUUGGCAACCCUGCUCCUCAGCUUGUAGCGUCUUUCGGAAAUAGCCAAGCACAAGACGAGGCGGACUGGGUGACCAUCGCACAGAGUACCUCCAGAAUACAGACUUGUGACUGUAGAUUGCCUCAGUCUUUACACCUGGACGUCACAUGGGUAAAAUACGGAUCCUUCGUGAACCCACAGGCUAAAAUCAAGUCAGUGACACAACGGUUCAAAGAAAUCUGCAUUGCGAUGCCUCUGAGAGAGACACAGACUCUGCCGAUCUCCUCCUCGGUAAGUUUCACAGAUCUCUCUACCCCUGCAGAACCCGGAUACAAAGCCAUCCCCACCAUCGAUGUCGAGUUACCUUAUGAUUUCUUCUUCCCCUUUGUAUGAGGCAUCGAAAGAGUUUUUUUUUGUGUGUUCUGCAAUCUGCAAACUAGUUUAUUUAAACAAAAUGUGUAAGAUUGUCAUUUGACAAGACUUUUAAAUGCUUCUCGAUGUUUAAAUUGCCCAUAGCAAUACGGUUCAGCAGAGAUGUACUAAAAGGAUCUGAAAUUACAGGAAUACAUUGCCUAACUACAAUGGAUCUCUACAGUAAUAGCAUUGAAAGCACACUACAUGUAAACGGCAAAAAGAACUGGCAUUUUUAUAGCAGAUACUAUAUUUUUCUAUAAACAAUGGAACAUAUUUAGUAACUUUAAAUGAAUGUAAAUGGUCAGGGAUCAUUAUUUUGCUCCCCCUUCCAAAGUCAGGAGACAUUUUAAAGACCUUUAGAUCCAUAUCUUAUUUUCACAGUCGAUUCCUGAUAAACACAUGAACACUUCUGCCGAGAAAGAUCACAUUAUACAAGCACUCCAGGGAAAAGCUGGACUGUAAAUCACUGUUUUACAGGCUUUUUAUUUUCUUCAUUCAGUAACCCAAUAUAAUACAAUAUUCUGUCAGACUAGGUUAACAGUUUUUACACAUUUCUUAAAGAAAACGUGAAACCGUUUUGUGCAGAAGUCUAGAAUUCAUUAGAAUUUGAUCUUUGGAUCAGGUUACAUGUUGAUCUGGAAACAGUUGUGGGUUCAAAUAAACUAAACUUGUAACAGACCUGGUUAAUCUUCCUCAAUGACCUUGUGUAGAGAGACUGACUGUGUGCAAAUCAUGUACAAUCCCCACUGCUUUUUCCUCAAUAAACAUUAAAAUGUUAUUUGA